AACGUGUCAAUUAAGUCCUCAGCCCCCUUGGAGAAAAGGAAAGGAGGCGCUCAAUUGUCCAAUAGAGCAGUAGUAGUACUGCUACUUGUUCCUUCAAGUGGGAAAUAGUGGUGCGGCGUGUUGUUUCGUUAAAUCCCAAAUAUUAGGUGCCCUUUCCACUCAUUAAAGCGUCAGUUUACUCUCUCUCUCUCUGAAAAUAACAUCAGCCUUUGCCUUUGGUUCCAGAGACAUUGGAGACUCAUUCUAUUAUUAAACCCCCACCUUUCUUCUUCUCUUCUUUAACCACGCGAUUCUUCUUUCUUCAUAGACAUGGAUGACGAGUAUGCUAAGCUUAUCAGGAGGAUGAAUCCUCCCAGAGUGGUAAUUGACAACAAAUCUUGUGAGGAUGCAACCAUUAUCCAGGUUGACAGUGUCAACAAGCAUGGGAUUCUACUUCAAGUUGUACAGGUUCUGACGGAUUUAAAUCUUGUUAUCACUAAAGCAUACAUUUCCUCUGAUGGGGGAUGGUUUAUGGACGUGUUUAAUGUGACUGAUCAAGUUGGAAAUAAAGUUAGGGAUGAAGAAAUCAUCAGCUAUAUUCAAAAGACUCUUGAAAAUGAUGAAGUUCUGUUACCCUCUUUAAGGGGAACUGUUGGCUUGAUGCCUUCUGAAGAGCACACGUCCAUUGAACUAAGUGGGACAGACAGACCUGGUUUAUUCUCUGAAGUGUGCGCUGUUCUUUCUGACCUUCACUGUAACGUGGUGAAUGCUGCAAUCUGGACACAUAAUGCUAGGGCUGCAGCUGUGGUUCAUGUUGUCGACGACGUUACAGAUUGUGCAAUUGAAGACCCAAAACGUCUUGCUACAAUUAAGAAACUUCUUCGCAAUGUCCUCAAGGGAAACAAUGAUUUGAAAACUGCAAAUAUGACACUUUCACCUCCUGGGUUUACACAUAGGGAGAGAAGAUUGCACCAGAUAAUGUUUGCUGAUAGGGACUAUGUAAAAGUUAGAAGGGGGGCAGAAGAGGGCAAAGUUGAGGAUUUGAAGUCAGGGCCUUGUAUAACCGUUUAUGAUUGCAGCGAAAAGGACUACACCGUGAUCACUAUGAGGUCAAGGGAUCGACCUAAGCUGUUGUUUGAUAUUGUCUGCACUCUGACUGACAUGCAGUAUGUGGUCUUUCACGGAGUUGUUCACACAGGGAAGAUGGAAGCUUUUCAGGAAUUCUAUAUUCGACAUGUUGACGGGUUUCCAAUAAGCUCAGACGCUGAGCGAGAACGUGUGAUUCUGUGCCUUGAAGCAGCUAUUGAGAGAAGAACCUCUGAGGGUCUAGAGUUAGAAUUGUGUACAGAAGAUCGACCAGGACUACUAUCAGAUAUCACUAGGAUAUUCAGGGAAAAUAGUUUGUGUAUUAAAAGAGCAGAAAUCUCAACAGAAGGGCGGAAGGCAAAGGAUAUCUUUUAUGUCACAGAUGUGACCGGGAAUCCAGUUGAGCAAAAGACAGUUGACUCAAUUCGUGAGCAAGUUGGCUCAAAUAUGCUGCAUGUUAAGUGGAGUCCUUGUCACUCAGCAAAGCUACCUGAAGAGGGAACAAUUAGCUUCCUCUUUGGAAAUCUCUUCAAAGUUCGAACUCUCCAAAAUCUGAAGCUGAUCGGAUCCUACACUUAAGUGGUUGCCAAAACUGGAAAAUUUGUCGAUACGUCAGAAACAACUAAGUAUGCAGAUCUCAAAUAACGAAAGGUGUAGAUAGAUAUCCUACCCAUUGGUGAAGAACUCUUAGUUUAUGUAAAUAGUAACCAUUAGAUAGUUAGACCAUAUAGAUGGUGAUUUGGUAUCAAGAGUACUGAUAUAGAAGAAAGUCUGAAACAUCAGUAGUAGCAGAUAUUGCCAAGGGGCCUCUGUACAUACAUGGAUGUGUGAUAUAAGUGCAUGUGCAUAUAUACUCUGGACAGUGUUCUUCUUAGAAAGAAAAAGAACCAAAGUAUGUAAAUAGGAUAUGACUUUGUACAGAUAUUCAUACUGCAAAGAAAACAAAAUAUGUUGAAGGUUUA